UAUAAAUACCCUCGUUAAAGCGCUAAACCAUUUCCGUCUUUUCGCUGCCGCCUCUCUUCUUCGUUCCCUACGUUGGGACACGAUUAUACCAAUUAGAUCCGAGCAGAAACCACUCACCGAUGUUCUCCCUCCACUCGAUUUGAUCUCUCGUACAAAUUCUUCGUUGUUGUACUAGUCUUACCGACGAUCGUGCGCUGCCAUGGGAGAUUAUAAUGAUGCCUUCAUGCGGAACCAAAACGCCGCGGUUCAGGCUCGUACCAAGGCCCAGAAUCGUGCUAAUGUCCUUCAGCUUAAGCUGAUUGGGCAGAGUCAUCCCACUGGUCUUACGGCCAAUCUCCUGAAGCUCUUUGAGCCCCGACCGCCUUUGGAGUAUAAGCCUCCACCAGAAAAAAGAAAAUGUCCUCCAUUAACAGGGAUGGCCCAGUUUGUGAGUCAUUUUGCAGAACCUGAUGAUCCGGAAUAUGCCCCCCCUGUUCAAGAGGGUGAAACUCCCUCGCAAAGGAGGGCCAGAAUUCACUUGUUAAGAAUUGAAAAGGGUGCACAGAAAGCUGCCGAGGAGCUUCCAAAAUAUCUUGAACGUGAUGAUCCAAAUGUUACUGGAGAUCCAUACAAAACUCUCUUUGUGGCUAGACUGAACUACGAGACAUCUGAGAGCAGAAUCAAAAGAGAGUUUGAGUCUUAUGGGCCAAUCAAACGGGUCCGAUUGAUUACAGACAAGGUGACAGGUAAACCUAAAGGCUAUGCUUUCAUUGAGUACAUGCACAAAAGAGAUAUGAAAGCUGCUUAUAAACAAGCUGAUGGUAGGAAGAUUGAUGGUAGAAGGGUACUAGUGGAUGUUGAGCGAGGUAGAACUGUACCAAAUUGGCGUCCUCGUCGGCUGGGUGGUGGUCUUGGAACCACCAGAGUGGGAGGUGAAGAAAAUAGCCAGAGGCAUGCUGGAAGGGAGCAACAGCAAUCUGGAGCACCAUCUCGAUCAGAGGAGCCUAGGGCUCGUGAAGAUCGCCAUGGAGAGCGAGAUAGGGAAAAGUCUUAUGAAAAAGGAAGAGACAGAGAAAGAGAGAGAGAGAAGUCUCGGGAACGUUCCCAUGAUAGAUCUAAGGAUCGUGAUCUCAGAGAAGACAGACAUCACAGAGAUCGUGAUAGGACAAGAGAUAGGGAUAGGGAUAGAGAAAAGGAAAGGGAAAGAGAGAGAGACCGCGGGCAUGACCGUGAUAGAACACGUGAUCGUGAUCGAGGAAGGGAUCGAGGUCGUGAUUAUGAGCGUGACAGAGAUCGUGAUCGGGAUCGUCAUCGGGACAGAGAUAGGGAGAGGGAGAGGGAUCACGAAGGGGGAUAUGCAGACCCUGAUCGUGGUCGCUCCCAUGAUAGGGAAUCUGAUUAUGAUCGGGUAGAUUCAAAAUAUGAGAAGGACAGACAUGGUGAUAGGGAGAAAGAUAUUGAUCCUGGUGAAACUGAGGAUGGUCAUGGGUGGUAUGAUCAGCCUGCGCAUGGGCACAGACACCCACCAGAUACUGAUCAUGAUCCCCAAUACUAUGAUCACUUUGAACACAACCGAAGUCGAGAGCAAUAUGAUCACCCCGAACAUCAUGGCCAAGAUCGUUAUGAUCAGUAUGAUAGAAUGGAGGAUGAUUACCGUUACGAACGUGGCACUUCUGAAACUCGUGAUAGAGAGAGGUCGCGUGAUUUGAAUCAUGAAUAUAGACGCACAGAGAGAUCUCAUUCAAGAGAGUAUUAGUUUCUCAUGCUGCAGUGUGAUCUGAUGGUUAUGAUGAUAGAUACCAAAUUUCAUGAUAAUAUCAUGUAGGUGCUGUGAUGAUCGGUGUUGGAAUUGCCUUCUUCUUUUGUUAAUUGGCCUCAAGUUGCCCAAACAUCGUUGCAUAUGCUUGGUGCUGUAUGUUCUGUUCUUCGGAGUGUUUCAGUUUCAGCCAUGUUAUGCAGAUUUUUGCACAGUUUAUGUAUGUGCUAAAACUCCUGGACUUACUAUGUAUUAGUUUGUAGCCAUGCUAUUUAAGCUGGAAGUGUUAUAGAACGUUUUGAAUGCUUGAUCCGAUUACUGUCCUUUUGGUGGGAACAAGGUCAAAUGCAGUGGAUGGGUGUAGGUUUGUUUGCUAUUCAUAGUGUUUAGGAGAAAACUGAAGCUAUUAAAAUGAAACUUGGUCGUGGUGAUUGUCAUCG